UUCCGGAAAUGGCGUCACAAAGCCGCUCUCUCGUUCCACAGAUACACGUUGCUAAGCAAUCGUUUCCAAGAGCAACCAAACAGUGGCUCAUGUAGCUGCCCAUUGUAAGCGGCAGUCGCGGAGGGGUUCGAAUGAGAGCGGAAAGAGGCUCGGAGGAAAGGAGGACCAAGCCCGGGACGGGGAAGACCUUAUCAGUGUGGAGAUGGCAGCACUGUGCAUGGAGGAAAGCAUUUACAAUCUUCUGCCUGAGAUUGUGGAGAAGACUUUCAAGGCACCCAGAUACGUGUCGACCUUUAAACCCUAUGUGAAACAUACAAUACAGCAAAGUAAAGCACCGUGGAAAACCAUAGGGCCAGCAAAAGUCGAAGUGCCCAAUCCAAAGGACUUCCUUCAGAAACAUUCAAAGGAACCAAAGUUACCCAAGAGGGGAAAAGAUCGAGAAAGUAAGAAAAUGACAGAAACAACUGUGCCCAAAAUAACAGAGCAUCCACUUAUGGGAAUUCAGUGUACAAAGAAUUUUGUCAGUACAAAUGCAGCUAACGUUAUCAUGGGAGUGUCUAAGAAGCCUCAACCAGUUUGUGUCGACAGGCGGCAAGGAGACAAAUUUCUCCUUGAAACUUCAGGACUCGUCCCAAAAUACCUCAAGAAAAAGAAUUAUGGACUUACUCCGAAAUACGUAACUAAACGAAAUGAAGAAGCAAAGAGAGCUCAGGAAGAAUACGAUGCCUAUGUCAAGGAGACUCUCAGACAAAAAGCCAUGAAACGGCUCACUGAGGAAGAGAGGGAAAGUCUUCUUGAGGCCUUACUCACAGGAAGAGGUGUGUAUAGGAUUGUGCUGUUAGAAUGCAAUCCUGCACAUAUGUAUUCAGAAGUAAGCCACAUUGAGUUACUCUCAGGGUCUCAAGAAGAACUGGGAAGAAGUCCAUCAGGCAUUCCAAAACCUUUCAGUAGAAAUAGAUACAAUACCAAAGAAGCUUCACAAAGAAAGGCUGGAAACACAAAUAAAACAGUUGGAACAUGACAUUCAGACGAUUGAAAAACACAAAGUUAUUUAUAUUGCAAACAAAUGAAAUCAUGAGAUGAAAACAAAGUUUACUUCAAUAGGGAAACAAAAAUGCCUAUAUAUUCGACUGUAGAAAAGUACUUACAUUUGGACAAGUAUCUUAGAAUCUUACUAUAUUUUAUAUUUUGAAUGUUUUAAAUAUAUGUAUUUAUUUUUUUCAAAUAAAUAUACAUUUAUUUUUGUCCCCAGGUUGUUCAAUUAGCUAUAUAUUAUAAAGACCUCUAAAGGUUUCAGUUGUCUUUAUAACAUGUAACAUCAUGUACGGUGAUAAUUCAACUAGGUGUGUAAAUAAAA